AUGCACAAAUGCACAGUUCCAGGCCUCCGGGAAGCAGAGCCCCCGGGGGCCGCUCCCGCUCGCCUGGAGUCGGCGAGUCUGCUGGGCCAGCUCCCCGAGACCACGCAGUCCCGUCCACAGCGAGGGCCACGACUGGUCUGCAAGGACCUCUGCCAGACCCCUGGCUGGCCCCAUGCACCCCCCACAGCCCAGUACACAGACCCGCAGGCAGCGGGUGGCACUGGACCCAAGCCUGCAGCCUCGGGCCGGGGACGCCCCUCCGCCCGGCGCUCCCCCGAGGCCCUCUGGCCCAGUUGCUGCGCCACCUGCUCCCCUGCGCCUGCGUCUGAGGUCAUCCCUCACUGCAUCGUUCUGGAAUCCUGUUGCGUCAUCAUUUCCCCGGCAGACCCCAGGAUGCCCGGGGCAGCAUCGCACUCGGAGCACAUGGAGGCCGCGCAUGGGGAGCACAUGGAGAGCCAGGUGGAGGAGGAGGGCCUGGGGGGCCUCACAGCAGAGGAGCUGCGGCAGGGCCAGGAGGCCGCCCGGGCGCUGGAGGCCAGGAUGGCGCUGAGCGCCCAGAGCCUGGUUCGGGCCGAGGUGGAUGAGCUCUAUGAGCACGUGCGUGCCCUGGGCCAGGGCCGCUUCGGCCGCGUCUCGCUGGUCACCCACCGGCAGGAAGGCACGGUGCUGGCCCUGAAGCAGCUGCCGAAGGCCUCCACCACGCUGCGCGGCUUCCUCUACGAGUUCUGCGUGGGCCUCUCCCUGGGCUCGCACGCGGCCAUCGUGGCGGCCUGCGGCGUCGGCCUGGAGUCCGCCGACUCCUACAGCUUCCUGACCGAGCCGGUGCUGCACGGCGACCUCAUCGCCUACAUCCGCCCCAAGGUGGGCCUCCCGCAGCCGGCUGCCCAGCGCUGCGCGGCCCAGCUGGCCUCGGCCCUGGAGCACGUCCACUCCCUCGGCCUGGUGUACCGGGACCUCAAGCCCGAGAACGUGCUGGUGUGCGACCCCGACUGCCGGCGGGUCAAGCUGGCGGACUUCGGGCACACGCGGCCCCGGGGGACCCUGCUGCGCCUGGCCGGGGCCCCCAUCCCCUACACGGCCCCCGAGCUCUGUGCGCCCCCGCCCCUUCCAGAGGGGCUGCCCAUCCAGCCCGCCCUGGACGCCUGGGCGCUGGGCGUCCUGCUCUUCUGCCUUCUCACCGGCUACUUCCCCUGGGACCAGCCGCUGGCCGAGGCCGACCCCUUCUACGAGGAUUUCGUCGUCUGGCAGGCCUCGGGCCAGCCCGACCACCGGCCUCGGCCCUGGCUCGGCCUGACGCCCACGGCCGACAGCCUGCUGUGGGGGCUGCUGGAGCCCCAGCCGCGGAGGAGGAGCCCCGUGAGCUCGGUCCGGGGCUUCCUGGGGCGGCCCUGGAGGCAGCGGGAGGGGGAGGCUGAGGAGGUGGGGGGCAGUGAAGAGGAGCAAGGCAGGGCGGAGGGCGCAAAUUGGUGGCGGCAGCUGGGGAUUAACUGGGAGGAGGCGAUAAUGACCAGCGAAGGGCCCCAGGAGCAGCAGGAGGAAGGGCCCCGUGGGGGCAGUCAUUAA